UCCAACUUGAACAAAAGGAGACAACCGACCAACUACCCGCCAACAUCGCUCCCAUUCAGCUCCACGGUACACCUCAUACCCAGUCAGAAGAGUCGUACGCCAGAAUGUCGAUUCCAACGACUCCGGCGACGACGCCACAUGUGGGCUUAGAUACAUUACCAAACGAGCUUUUGCUCGCCCUUUUGACCUACCUCCCUACCUCCCUCCUCGCUCAACUGCGUUCUUUGUCCCGCCUAUUCAGAGAGGUCUGCAGCGAUGUCAUCCGAGCAAACUUACUGCAGUUGCGAGAUGGCUUGAAGAACGCAAAGGACAUUAUAUUAUUGGCAGACUCGGCUUACUCUUUGGGAGAAAAUAGAGGCCCUGUGGCCGGCUUCAAGUUAACCUGCGCGAAAGUCGACGUCGACAGAGUGGGUUUGGUUUUUCUCGUCGCAAGCGAACCUACUUCGGGCCUCUACGUUCCUCUAGUGGGCUACCUGCCACUGCUUCCCUCCCGAACUCCUUAUGGCAUCUCUGAUGCGUUCUCACCCGAAAAGCCGCCUCGGUUGCGUCUCUGGUCGGAGUCAUCCAGCUUCCUUUACGAUGGGCUACAUUCACUCCCAUCCUCCAAAUCGCCUAUUGAAGCGAAGAUUGGGAGUUGGGGAGUGGAAUUAGAGACGACCGUGGGGAGUGGGAAGGCUAAGGUGGGCUGGGUGGAAUAUGAGGUUGUAAACUGUAUGUGUCAGGCGGAUCAACCAAGCGUAGCGGCAACAGACGGCGAACCGGAGAGCAUGCUCGAAGGCCGGCAGUGCGCACAUCGAUCCGUGGACAUCAGCAAGGUGUUCCUUCCCUCUUCUUUCCUAUUACCAAUGUGAUUUGAUCCCUGGAACUUUCCGAAAGCGGCGUAGCACGGCUCCCUCUCUCUCCACGGUCUCAUAAGCUACCUAUUACCAUCCCCUUUCUUCCCACUUUCCUGUGUAUGUACAGUACGUUCAGUAGUAAUGGAGACCAUCGUUUACCC